GAGAGAGAGAGAGAGAGAGAGAGAGAACGGGAAAACGAGAGCAAUAAAUGUGCGUGGAAAUGAAUAAGUGAGAGAUAGAUCGGCAGCAAGGGGAACAUCAUCGCAACGACUCAAGGAGAGAGAGCAAAAUCGUGUCUGAAAGCGAGAAAGAUAGAGGAGAAAAAAAAUACGGAAGGCAGUUAAGCAACGGAAGGUAAACUGGACCAUCCUCCUAGAAUCCUAACGCCAUCGUUGUCGUGCGAGCAGGCGCUCAGCGGUGCAUCAUCGCAACGACAUGUCGUUUUUACUAUGCGCCUCGGAGCAGAAAAACAUACGCGGGGGUUUGCAGCACCAGCAGCAGCAGCAGCACAUUGCGGUGCAUCGUGUCGUUAUAUCCGUUGUUCCCUGCUAAACGGCAGGAGCGCACAGCAGCGGCAACGGCGAUAUGGCGGACAAUGUUCUUAGGAAACCGUCGCAUAAGUUAUCAUCACCGGCGGAUGGUGGCGGCGGCGGUGGCGUCGGCGUCGGCGGUGGUGGUGGCUCCGGACAAAUACCUACCCGAAAAAUUUCAGCGCCAGUACACCGCACCACCACCGAGACGAUACGACUGGGCGAACCGAUUGACAAUCCUGGUAAAAUCCAGCAGCAUCACCACCACCACCAUGGUCAGUCGUUAGGCUCGAUGCCGAUACCCGUCGGUAACUCGGCACCCAACACCCCGAACAACACCCCGAAUAAUACCGCCCAAUGUCGAACAAAGAAAACUUCCUCCUUCCAAAUCACCAGCGUCACAGUUGGAUGUCGCAUGAGCAACGAUGCCGGCGAGGACUCGAACGACGACCUCGACGAGUCCCACACGGAGGACAACAGCGUCGAGCACUCAAGGCUGACGGACAUCGAGACACCCAGCUACUCCGAGGACACCUUCUCCAAGGACGACGUUUUCUUUAAUGCCAGCAACGCUGCUCUCAGCACGGCUCCCGUCAUACCUACGAGCUCGCAAUACGGAUUAGCAAUAGUGCCGUCCUCGGAAACCAACAACACCAAUAAUUCCACCAAUGACAGCAACAUCAAUACUUUGGAUAUUACCUCUGUAACGGAUAAUAAUAUUAUCAAUUUGUUGUCGAGCAACGCCAAGCAGGAUUCCGAUCUAAGAGAAGUCCAUUCACACGGUAGAAACGAAAGGUUCAAAGUUGUGAAAAUCGAAAGCACAGAACCAUUCAAACGUGGAAGAUGGACCUGCAUGGACUACCUGGACCAUACGUCGGUGAACCAGCCGACGGCGAUAAGCACGUCCAAGGUUUCCGAUCCAAAUGAAGUCUGCAUAUCGUAUGGCGUAACCGACACCGGCAUCGUCGUACCCGAUUCAGUAAACAAACAACAGGUCGACGAUAUGAGCCUCGUCAUCGACGUUAAUGGAUCCUUGCAUCAGGAAGUGCAGCAGCAGCAGCAGCAGCAGCAACAACAACAACAACAACAGCAGCAACAGCAACAACAACAGCAGCAGCAGCAGCAGCAGCAGCAGCAGCAACAUCCGUCGAUAAGUGCAGGCGCUUACGCGGUCCCGGGGCAACAACAGCAGGUGCCUCCGCAAUACUUUCAAUCGUCGGCUUCACAGACGCAACAGUCUCAACAGCAACAGCAACAGCAGCAGCAGACCACCGGCCAGGGAACAACCUUACCGACUAACCUGCAAUCUGCUCAUCCAAAUAAUAUUGGCCAAACGCAGAGCAUGCCCCAAGGCACUAUUCCAAUCCUCGCGCCCCAAGGAUGUCCUGUUACGCAAGCUAAUAAUGUAGCGACCCAGUCGCAACAAAAUAUUCCGCAUCCUAAUGACGAAACGACGUACGUAUCGGUGAGCUCGCAGGUCCAGCCGAUGCCACCCCAGGCACAAAACGUUUGUCAGCCGAGUACCGGUGCGCCUCAAAAUUCUCAACCCCCAAGUAUGCUCGUCUCCCAGCAGCAGCAGCAGCAGCAGCCGACGUCGCAGCAGCAACAGUCACAGCAAACGCAAAUUACCGACUCGAUAGCUGCGAUGCAGGGAAUACAAGGCAUUCAGAAUAUACACAAAGUUCCUCAGCCCAGUGCAGCGCCGCCUCCACAGCAGCAACAGCCACCGCAAUUACAGCAGCAGUCGCAGGUGAUGGCAGCGACUGGGCAGAUACAGUCUGGGCCUCAGCAACAACAGUCGGCCACUGGUGCGGCCGCAGCUGGUCAGGUGCAGAUGGUCGGUGCCAUUCAACAGGGUAACAUGACGUUUCAUCAGCAGCAACAGCAGCAGCCUGACCAGGAGCAGGACUCCUUGUCGGGUAUGGUGGUGUCCGGGGCGGCGGCGGCGGCGGCGAGCCAGACCGUAACUACUGACGCCGCGCUCCUCGAAUCGCUCGCCGAGGUUACACAGAAUAUCGAUGACCACCAAACUCACGAAGAUAACGAAAGUAUGUCGGGGACAAGUGCUGUAGCAAUCGACAAUAAAAUCGAACAAGCUAUGGAUUUGGUGAAAAGUCAUUUGAUGUUCGCUGUGCGGGAGGAAGUCGAGGUGCUAAAAGAAAAAAUAGCCGAACUGAUGGAUCGUAUUAAUCAGCUGGAAGCAGAGAAUUCGAUCCUAAAGGCUCAUGCCACGCCGGAAACCCUGGCUCAGCUAAGUCAGACGACCACGAAAUUACCCAUCAACAAUUCGGGAAGUGGUCAAUAGGUAACCGCUUGUACAUAAGUUUCUCAUCGAAAAUACCCUCGUCGAAAUACAUAAUGGAUAAUAUAAUUAUUGUAUAUAACUUUACGAUUUUUAGAAAUUUAUAAAUAAUGAGAUUUAUUAUAUUAUACAUGAUAGUGCGUUAGUGAGUUUUCCUCCGUUUU